GUCAAAAUAAGAGGCGGGUCACCCGACCGACCGACCGACCGACCGACCGACAACCCGCUGCGAAUGCGCGAAUGCGCGUAAUCACUCUAAAGAGCAAAGAACUGCAUAUUUUCGGAAGCAGGAAGACACGAGGAUGAUUAUUAAUAUGUAAAGUUAACAUAUUUUAAUCUUUUCUGGAAUUCGUUAUUGGCUUUUAUGUUUGGGUGUUUAGCGCAGCCAUACCCCUAGAGCCUACCCCUCUCAAAUAAACGCCGUUCUUCCCGCUCCGCUGCUACGUUGUCAACAAGUGACGAUCUAACAGCAAAUAAACAAAUUUUUGCCGGUUAACAAAUAAACAAAUUUUUGCCGUUCAUUCUUGAAACUGUUACGAAAUUGACUAUUGCUGUUUACCUGCUACGCUUAUGCUCGCUAGGUGGUGAGAAGUUUGUUUCCUAUAGUUGAAAAUGGAUUUCGAUGAUGAUGAUGAUGCGGUAGCCGACGUUCUGCAGGUGCUGCACGUGCUUUUGACUCUUGACGAGGAUAACGAUGAUGACAAUAAUUUAGUGCCUAGAGGAGAAGGUCGAUCAUAUCCAAAUGUGGAUAUGGAAUGGUGGAGCUCACUCCAAGAUCCGUAUUUCAAAUCACAUUUCAGGAUGGAUCGUACCUGCUAUGAAGCUUUACUUGUUACUGUUGGACGACACAUGUAUGACACAGGCAGAAUUCGCAGACAAGGGUUGCCAAUUAGUUAUGCCUUGAUGUACACACUUUGGUCACUGGCAAACCCUGACACUUUCAGGAGCACCGGAGUGACCUUUGGAAAAGGAAGGGGAUCCAUACACAACCAGUACCGGACAAUUAUUGAAGUGCUUAGAGAGCUACGUGGUCGCUACAUCAAAUGGCCCUCAAAUCGGGAAAUGGCUAGAACUGCACGAAUUUUUGAGGACCGCUAUGGCUAUCCUCAAGUUGUAGGUUGCAUUGAUGGGUGUCACAUUCCAAUAAUGAAACCCUCGGAGCAGCCGCAACAAUUCCUCAACAGACACCACCAGUACUCCUUACUUCUGCAGGGUGUAUGUGACGAUCGUCUCCUAUUCCGAGAUGUGUUUCUUGGACAGCCAGGGGCAGUUGGAGAUGCAAGAACGUUUCGGAGGAGUCCAUUGAGCCAAUCGAUGCUCAGGCACAGGGACUUCAUGGAUGGCUUUCACCUUUUGGGUGAUGGUGCUUAUCCUUUGACAGACAAGUUACUUAUACCUUACAAGGAUUAUGGCAACAUGACAGUUCGACAAAGGGCUCAUAACAGGACUUUGUCCCAAUGUCGCUCUGCCAUUGAGAGAGCCUUUGCUUUGCUGAAAGGCAAAUGGAGAAGACUCAAGUACCUCCCAUCAUACUGUCUGGAUUACCAACUCGACCACAUUAUGGCAUGCCUUGUUCUGCACAACUUUGUCAUUUUACAUGGAGAUGACUGUGACGGUGAAGAAUAUGAAGGUCUUGAAAGAGAUGAGGGAGACUAUGUUCAACUGAUGGAGGCUGCCAAAAUUAGAGGUGAAAACAAAAGGUGGUAUAUUUCAGCCAUGAUAAUGUUGGAUUUGUAAGAAAAAAAAUUUGUACUCUAAAUAAUCAGUCUUUAUAAUCACAUAUUUUGAUUCAAAUUUGAAAAUCUACAGUACAAUUGUUGCCAUGUUGAUAUGGUAACUUAACAUAUAUAUAUAUAUGUAUAUAUGUAUGUCCAAUUUGCAAUGAAAUUAUAUAAAUAUACAAUAAAAAAUAAAAAUGCAUGUAAUGAAACAUUACUAAGUAAUUUAAAAAAACAAACAAACAA